AUGGAAGAACUCGCAACCGAUAGCGGAUCCGACGAUCCGAACCGGAUCCUGAUAUUCGGAAGAGAGAGCACGAAUGCUUGGAUCGGAGAGGUAUCGAAAAUCUACGUUGAUGGCACCUUCAGUUUGGCACCAGAACUUUUCUGCCAGAUCCUCGUCAUCCUCGGAGAGCGUCCGCGGGUCGUGACUCCUAUAUGUUACGUUCUCUUGCCGAGUAAAACUGAAGAGAGGUAUCGCAAGAUGCUCGACAUGUUGACCUUGGGUUGGCCGAACUUCAAUCCGGGAGCCAUAUCGAUGGACUACGAAAAAGCUCUAAUAAACGCUUUCAGUGCGUAUUUCCCGACAGCCGAGAUACACGGUUGUUUUUUCCAUCUCGUACAGAAUAUGAAAAAGCAACUCGCUGCCGAUGGUUCGAGCAGCAGGUAUCGGAGCGAAGCAGAUUUCGCGCUCAAAGCUAAAAUGAUCUCCGCACUGGCUCUCAUCCCGCCGGAGCGUCUUGAAGAUGCGCUGAGGGAGUUGCGGGAAGAGCUGCCUCAUGAUCUGCAGACGAUCCUCGAUUAUUUCGAGGAUAAUUACAUCGGACGUCUACAAGUGAGGAGCGAUGGAUCUUUGGGACGCCGGGAACCCUUGUUCCCGGUGUCUAUAUGGACUGUCUACAGGAGAACCUUGAAUGGCGAUUCUCGAACGAACAACUUCGCUGAAGCAGCGCAUCGAAGCCUGCAGCGACAAUUCCAGGUUCAGCAUCCUGGUCUCCUAAAAUUCAUCGAAGGAAUCAGAAUCGUUCAGAAAACAAAAGACGCUGAUCUGGAAAGAUAUACCGCCGGGCAUGAAAUCACAGGGAAGCGAAACAAAUACGUGGAGAACGAUCGCCGCAUCUUGAGAAUCCUCGAAAGGAUGGAUGACCGUUUGUUGCGGGAGAUUCUUCGUGGGAUAGCUCAUACUUAUCAAAUGAAUCCCUAG